AGGCACCCGCCGACCCGGAAGGAGCUGAGAGCUGGGGGCCCUGGCAGCCAUAGCGCUUUGCACAGCCAGCUUGGAGAGUGUAGGACGAGCACGGAGCAGGGUUGCGUUCUCUGGAGUCGCAGACCCUGUAAGAUCUGGAUAUGUCCUUCAUAUUUGACUGGAUUUACAGUGGUUUCAGCAGUGUGCUGCAGUUUCUAGGAUUGUAUAAAAAAACUGGUAAACUGGUAUUCCUUGGAUUGGAUAAUGCGGGGAAAACAACGUUGCUACACAUGCUGAAAGAUGACAGGCUUGGCCAGCACGUCCCAACACUACAUCCCACUUCAGAAGAGCUUACUAUUGCUGGAAUGACAUUUACAACUUUUGAUCUGGGUGGGCACGUGCAAGCCCGAAGAGUAUGGAAAAACUACCUUCCUGCUAUCAAUGGCAUUGUAUUUCUUGUGGAUUGUGCAGACCAUGAAAGGCUGUUAGAAUCAAAAGAAGAACUUGAUUCACUAAUGACAGAUGAAACCAUUGCCAAUGUGCCUAUCCUAAUUCUUGGAAACAAGAUUGACAGACCUGAAGCCAUCAGUGAAGAGCGGUUACGAGAGAUGUUUGGGUUAUAUGGUCAGACAACAGGAAAGGGCAGCGUGUCACUGAAGGAACUGAACGCCCGGCCUCUGGAAGUGUUCAUGUGCAGUGUGCUGAAAAGGCAGGGCUAUGGAGAGGGCUUCCGCUGGAUGGCGCAGUACAUCGACUAGCAGCGGCCAGCCCACACUGCAGCCCUCAGAGAUCCAUCCCCCAAUGUGCAUAACUUGAAUUCAAUAGACUUUUGUUGGUUCCAGAAUAGGUGUUUUUAGAUUAUUAAUAUAUCUACCUGAGUGGGAAUUGCAAACUGAUUCAAGUUUGAAUAUCACAAUGUUAGCUUUCUAAUUCCACACAGAUAGUUUUUACAGUUUCUAACCCCACAUCAACCCAUCACCGUUUAUAAAGAUCAGCUUCCCAUCGGUACAUUUGAAGCACUUUUUAACGAUGUGAAACUACAAAUAUAAACCAUAUUUAAAAGCUCAUCAUGUGAAACUUUUAUGUACUUUCUGGAAAUAGUUUUUCAAUUUUAGAUUGUCUGCCUAUCUUGUGUACAGUUAAAAUCUGCUUAUCAGUGAUUGCAUGAUGCCUCACGGUUCUCAAGACGACUUUUUCUUAUGCAAACGUCAUGCAAUAAAACAAACUCCAACGUU